AUGAAUUUCAAUACUCGUGACUUGGUUUUGGCUCUAUUGUGUGCCUUCCUUGGUAGCGUUAAAGGUUUGCUAGUAUCAAAAGUAAAAUCUUUGGGGCCAAUUGAAAUUUUUGGACUAAGAAGCUUAGGAGCAACAUGUCUCAUUAUACCCAUAAUCAUUUUCUGGAACUAUAAACUAUGGUACGACUACAAAAGUAAUUUGAUACUUCUAGCAAGAUCGAUUGUUGGUAACAUAGCCGUUUGUAGCUACUAUUUUGGCUUCGCUUAUCUGCCAAUUGCUGAAGCAUCACUUCUGUUUUAUUCAACGCCUGUAUUCACAAUCUUUAUUGGAUGCAUAUUUCUGAAGGAAAAAUGUGGACUAAGUGAAAUGGUAUCUGUCAUCUUUUCAUUAUUGGGAAUCAUACUGGUGUGUUUUCCAGACUUCACAUUUGAUUCAGCCAGAGGUACUACAGAUACUUUCAAAGGCGUGGCUGGAUCAAUUAUUGGUGCCAUUGCGCAAGCCGUUGCAUUAGCUGUGGUCAGAAAAAUAACUUUCAUACCUCCAGCAGUAGUUAGUUUCUGGUGGGCUCUAGUAGGAAUUCCAUUUUCUGCUGCUCUCAACAGUCUUCACACUGGAAGACUUCAUUCCUGGGAAUGUGGGAUGGAAGCCUGGAUCCUCAUAUUGAUUGCUGUGAUAGGUUUCGUUAGUGAACUAUGCCUCGUAGCGGCAUUGAAAUCAACUGAUGCUGUUAUUGUAUCAAUAGCACUUACAUCGGAGAUUUUAUGGGCUUUCAUUCUACAAAUAUAUGUGAAUAAUGAAUGGCCAGAAUUUUGGUGUAUUCUUGGAGGUAUGGCAAUUGUGUUUUCUAUUUCUUUGUCACCUAUAGUUACUUGCAUAUCUUCGAAAAAAAGCAAGUUUGAUGUCGGUAAUGAACAAUCUGAAAAUGUUACCAAUUAA